GUGCGCUGGUGACCUUUAACGCCGGAAACAAUCAUUGUAAACACAGUGCACGUUUGGAGGUGAAAGCAUACCCUCCAAUGUAACAUAAAAAUGGGAAAGAAUUUGAGAAUUGCAUUUGUAUUUGGCGGCUUUAUAACAGCGGUUGCCGCAGCGUUUUACCCCAUAUUUUUCCACCCCCUCACGCAUAACGAAGAGUACAGAGAAGUCCAGAAGAUGAACCGGGCAGGAAUCAACCAGGCAGAUAUUCAACCCGUGGGUGUGAAGAUAUGGUCUGAUCCGUUCAAGCCUUCAGGCAAAUGAAGACCAGUGACACCUGGCUGUCACUAAUUCCAGACACAGAUGCCUGUUUCGAUGAGUGCUUGGUGUGUGCGUGAGUGAAUGAAUGAAUGAUUUUUCAGAAUGUGUUAAAUUUUGGUUGUGCAGUGAUUCUUUAUCCUAUAAAUAAAGUUUAAAGCUCUAAAAGAUUAAA